AUGCCUUCACAACCAACCACCACCAUGGCUCCCUCAACAAUCUCCUCUCUCUUUCAUCCAAUCCCCCUUUUCUCACUCGCCGCCCUCCUCCGCCUCAUCCUCCUCUUCUACGGCAUCUGGCAAGACGCCCACUCUGCCGUCAAAUACACCGACAUCGACUACCUCGUCUUCACCGACGCCGCCCGCUAUGUAUCUCAAGGCCUCAGCCCCUAUCAUAGGGAAACAUACCGCUACACGCCCCUGCUGGCCUGGAUGCUCGUCCCUACGGCCACGCCCCAGCUCUUUUCGUUUGGAAAGGUCGUCUUUGCACUCGCGGACCUGCUCGCCGGAUGGCUGAUUGUCAGAGUGCUAACGAAGCAGCGCGGCAUGAGCGUCGAGAGGGCCGGCGCGUUUGCUGCCAUUUGGCUGUGGAAUCCGAUGGUGGCGACAAUCAGCACGAGGGGCAGCUCGGAAGGGUUGCUGGGCGUCUUGACAAUGGCCCUGCUGUGGGCUGUUGAGGGGAAGAGAAUCGGGCUGGCCGGGUUUAUCUUGGGGUUGAGCGUGCACUUCAAGAUUUACCCCUUUAUCUAUGCGCCGGCCAUUAUCUGGUGGAUGGACGAUGAGCAUCUAGGCAAGGGCAAGGAGGCUGCUAAAUCUUCGGCUUCAUUCACAGACUCCAUUGUUCGGUUCCUCUCUCCUCAGAGGAUCCGGCUUACUCUCAUCAGCUUACUGACCUUUAUGGGGCUCAACGUCCUCAUGUACUACAUCUAUGGAACCCCUUUCCUUGUCCAUUCCUACUUCCAUCACGUCACCCGCAUCGACCACCGCCACAACUUCUCGCCCUACAACAUCUUCCUCUACCUCGCAUCCGCCGACCCAUCUUCCAGCUCGCUCCACGCAUUUAUCCCUCAACUGCUCCUCUCAUGCUUCCUAAUCCCCUUUGUCCUUGCCAAAAAGGACCUCGCCACGUCCAUGAUGGCCCAGACCUUUGCCUUUGUCACUUUCAACAAGGUCUGCACCUCACAGUACUUCCUUUGGUACAUGAUCUUCUUGCCUCUCUAUCUGCCUGGAUCCUCCAUGCUUCGCGUUCCCAGCCGGGGCAUUGCGGCUCUGCUCCUUUGGGUUCUAGGCCAAGCCGCUUGGCUGCAGCAAGGCUACGAACUCGAAUUUCUUGGCGUCAGCACCUUCUUUCCGGGGAUGUGGCUUGCUUCAUUGGGGUUUUUCCUCAUCAACUGUUGGAUACUAGGGAUUAUCAUCAGCGACGGUGCGGAAGUCAGCCUCCAAAAAGUGCGUAGUGCGUAA